AUGGGGCCAGACUUUUUGUGGAUGACUACGGAGGAGCCGCACAGGUCGAGACGGAUGGCCAUCCUUAAGGCGCAUCCUGAGGUCCGGAAACUGAUGGGACCGACAUUGUACACUCCCCCACUCGUCGCUUUUGUCCUCGCCAUUCAGCUUUCCCUCGCCUACACCUCCCGCAACACUUAUCCUCUGAGCCCUCUGUUCCUUCUCGCUGCGUACGCAAUCGGAGGGACCUGUAACCAGAAUAUCUUUCUCGCCAUUCAUGAAAUCACCCAUAAUCUCGCUUUCAAAGGCAUCAAAGCCAACAAAUGCUUGGCGAUCUUUGCAAAUCUCACAAUCGGUGUUCCCUAUGCUAUGGCCUUCAAAGGGUACCAUAUCGAGCAUCAUAGGUUUUUGGGAGAGGAUGGCAUCGAUACAGACUUGCCUACGCGACUGGAGGCCGUCCUGUUGAACAAUGUAGCCGGGAAGACGUUCUUCGCCACUUUUCAACUCCUCUUCUAUGCCCUUCGACCAGGAUUCAUUCGGACGCAAAAAUUCACCAAAUGGCAUGCAGUCAAUCUCGCCGUCGUGCUCAGCUUCGAUACCCUGAUCGUCAAGACCUGGGGAUGGUACUCUUUGUUCUACCUCCUGAUCUCUUCCUUCUUUGCUGGCAGUCUGCACCCAUGCGCUGCGCACUUCAUUGCCGAACACUACCUGAUGAGUGGUCCUGUCGGUAUCGAGGGUGAAGAUGAUAUCAUCGGUCUCGGACAAGAGACAACGAGCUACUACGGUCCACUGAACUGGCUCUGCUACAAUGUCGGAUACCACAACGAGCACCACGACUUCCCCUCCAUCCCGUGGACACGUCUGCCCGCUCUGCGUCGUCUCGCCAAAGACUUUUACGAGCCUUUACCAUGUCACAAAUCCUGGCCAUACGUCACUUGGAAAUUCAUCACGGAUCCCUCUAUCGGCAUGUGGUGUCGAGCCAAGCGACUCGAGUCAGGUGAAAAGAUAAGCCCGAAGACCUGGGAUACAUCUGUCAAGACAGAUCCGGCUUCUGACAGUGAGGGUUCAUCCAGCGAAGAGGUCGAUCAGGAGAUGGCGGAAGCGUUCGAACGAGGCUACGGCAGUGAUAGAGACUAG